AAAGGGCAGCCAAGUAUGGAGGUUUACUUUGAAAGCAGCAAGUUAAGUUGCAGUAAGGAAGAAGCCAAGGUGGGUGCAAGACGUUUGGCCCGUUCUUUGCAGAAACUUGGUUUCCAGGUUAAAUUCACUGAGUAUAAAGUUGUGAAUGUGUUAGCUGUGUGUACCAUGCCAUUUGAAAUAAGAUUGAAUGAAUUUACCAGGCGGAAUCGCCCUCAUGCAAGUUAUGAGCCAGAACUUCACCCUGCAGUCCGCUAUAGAAUAAAGUCUCUGAGAGCCACUCUGCAGAUCUUCUCUACUGGCAGUAUUACAGUAACAGCUGAGUGGAUCCAGGAUGAUCCUGAAUUUGAUGGGGAUAUUGCACCACCUGACCAGGCAGCACCGCCACCACCUGACGAGGCAGCACUGCCACCUGUCCAGGCACCAUCACCUCAACGGGCAGCACCACUACCCGAACGGGCGGCGGCACCACCACCGGACCAGGCACCACCACCUAACCAGGGGCUCAGUGUAGGCACUCAGACUGAAAAUGCCUACUAUGACCACACUGAGCUCCUGGUCACCCUGGUCCACCAGGUCAAUGCCAUCAGGCAGGAUCUGGGAGAGGUCAGGGAGAUUGUGGAGUCCCUGCAGAGGGUCGUUGCUCCUCCUCCUCCACUGUAAUUUUAUUAUAUACAUAUACAUCUU